AUGGCAGUAAUACCGGCAAAGAAAAGAGGAAGACCUAGAAAAUCUGUGGUAGCAGAAGUUCCCUAUGAUAGCUUGGCAAGCCCAGUAUCUGAAAACUCAGGCAGUAAAAGGCCGAGGAGAAACGCAUCUAAGAAAGCAGUUGCAAAUUUCGCACAAUUAGUGCAUGCUGGUCGCGAUGAUGUGAUAAAUACUACACAAGUCAAUAAUGUUGAUGACACCGACGAUGAUGAUUUUGUAUUGAAUGAUGAAGGUGAUGGUGAGGAAAGUGACAAUGUUGAGAUAGAAUUUGAGAAUGAGUUAGAGUCUACUAAAAAUGAGGUGGCGGAUUUAAACAGUAGUGGAAGUGGAGCUUCUGUUAGACCCAGUGGAAGAAGAAAUACUGUACAGAAACUUCGUUUGAAGAAGAAUUCGACUAAAAAUAUGAAGAGCAGCUCCCCAGGGUCAAGUCUAGGACAGAAGGGCCGUCCCAUCAGGCUCCUAAAAGAUCUUUCGAGUGCAAGAGACAAGAUUGAAAGAAUUUAUGGACUGAAUAAGGAAAAGUUAUUGUUGCUAGCAAAAGUUAAGGAAGGCUUUGAAACUAGCGUUUUCGAUUUCCCAUUCAAGAAUAUUCAGCCUGAUUCUCCAUAUUUUGUAUGCUUAGAUCCACCGUGUAAAAAGGAAAGUGCAUAUAAUAAAGUCAUAGGGGAUAAAAACAGAACCGUAUAUCAUGAAAUUAAUAAGACUGAAUUUGAGAAUAUGAUCAAAUUGAGAACGAAGAGAUUGAAGUUACUUAUCGGGGAAGUUGAUGCAGAGGUAUCCACUGGCGAUAAAAUAGAGUUUCCGGUGCUUGCUAACGGCAAAAGGCGCGGCUUUAUUUACAACGUAGGAGGAUUGGUAACAGAUAUUGCAUGGCUUAAUAUAGAGGAAAAUACUGAUAUAGGCAAGGAUAUACAAUAUUUAGCCGUCGCGGUAUCACAGUACAUGGAUGAGCCUUUGAACGAGCAUUUAGAAAUGUUUGACAAGGAGAAGCACUCCUCCUGUAUACAAAUUUUCAAAAUGAAUACUUCUACUCUACAUUGCGUAAAAGUUCAAACCAUUGUACACUCAUUUGGUGAAGUGUGGGAUCUUAAAUGGCACGAAGGAUGUCACGCACCUCAUCUGGUUGGCUGUUUAUCAUUCGUAAGCCAGGAAGGGACAAUAAAUUUUUUGGAAAUUAUUGAUAAUGCAACCGAUGUUCACGUGUUUAAGAUGUGUGAGAAGCCUUCUUUGACUUUAUCCCUGGCAGACAGUUUGAUAACUACUUUUGAUUUUUUAUCUCCUACUACUGUUGUUUGUGGCUUUAAGAACGGAUUUGUAGCAGAGUUUGACUUGACUGAUCCUGAAGUGCCUUCAUUUUAUGACCAAGUCCAUGACUCCUACAUAUUAUCCGUUUCAACAGCCUAUUCAGAUUUUGAAGAUACAGUCGUCAGUACAGUUGCGGUGGACGGCUACUUUUACAUUUUCAAUCCAAAAGACAUUGCUACAACAAAGACCACGGUGUCCAGAUUCAGGGGAAGUAAUUUGGUUCCAGUUGUUUAUUGUCCUCAAAUCUACUCGUAUAUUUACUCAGAUGGUGCAAGUUCCUUAAGGGCUGUGCCGUCUAGGGCUGCUUUCGCAGUUCAUCCUUUAGUGUCGCGAGAGACGACCAUAACGGCCAUUGGGGUGUCAAGAUUACAUCCAAUGGUCCUUGCUGGAUCAGCAGAUGGAAGUCUUAUUAUAACCAACGCAGCUAGGCGCCUUUUGCAUGGCAUUAAAAACAGUUCAGCAACUCAAAAGUCAUUAAGGCUUUGGAAAUGGGAUUAUAGCAUAAAAGAUGACAAAUAUAGAAUUGAUAGUUCUUAUGAAGUGUAUCCGCUGACGGUCAACGAUGUUAGUAAAGCUAAAAUAGAUGCGCACGGCAUUAAUAUAACAUGUACAAAAUGGAAUGAAACGAGCGCUGGAGGCAAAUGUUAUGCAUUUUCUAAUAGUGCUGGACUAUUAACACUCGAAUACCUGUCAUGA